UUUCCGAAUGCAAAUCAGCAUAUAGGUUAAUUGAUACAUAGAAUACAAAACAUAUUUCAAAUUUUCAAGAUGGCGGAGGACAAUUCCAUAUAAGCAAUUAUCACAUAAAAAGAAUACAUCAUUUAGCAAUAUUACUACACGAGGGUUUUUCUUUUGGCGGUAGCAUAUUUUAAAUACAGACCCAAUCUACGUAAUGUUUUAAUACUUUUACAUGACAAUAAUUCAAUUAAUUUAUACACACUGGGGCAUCGGAAGUAAUAUUGCUUAAUGUAUGUGUUUCUCAAUACAGAGUAAGCAGGACAAAUAAGAAUAAAAUGUAUCUCAUCUUCUAAAUCAUUUUUGUCACAGGCAAAACAUAAUCUUUGACCUCUCGGAACCCCAUUAUAGCGUCCAGAUUCGAUAUUAAGGGAAUGCGCCUGCAUGCGAUAUUGACACCAAAAGGUGAGAUUUGGUGUCAGUUUGAGAACGACAGGAUUUAAUUACAGGAACUCUUGGAUGAGUUAACCGGCAUGUAGUCUCCGAGACAUGGCAGAUCUAUACAUUAUAAAUUAGACCAACAACCUAUUGUUACGAAAUAUCUGUAAAGGGAGAAAGAUCGCAUUGCAUAACGACUGUCCAUGGAGAGACAUCUUUGUCCAAAACAAGAUGCAAGACAAAAUGAGGUAGCUCGGACACCGUACUUCCAACGUCGUCAGGACUCAUCAUGACUAUGUCCAUGUGCUCCAAGCUUGUGAGGUAUUUUAAAGUCAACAAGAAGUCGAUCGUAGUAGUGUUUCUUGUGUCGUUACUACUUUUCGCCAACUUUAGGUACAACCAGCCGUCUAAGUUUCGAUUCAGUCAUACCAAUGUGAAUGGCGUGUGUACUCUGCCAGAUAUAGACCCGUUUGACGAAGAGAUCAUGAAACUGAACUGGCAUCCACAUCCGGUAGUGUGUGACGAUAGUCUUUCAUUUGUGUAUAUAGAUAGGAAAGGCUUUAUUCAGUUAAACACUACAACAUUAAGUUUUAAACAAUUAUCGAAAUCGGAUAUAGACUGCACUUACCAACAGGUGGAACGCCAAGGCGAUGAUGAAGUUAUCUUGAAACCGGAAGUACAUAUUCUUGAACCAGAAUACAUUAAUUGUGAUUUUGUUGUGGCCAGGUGUCGUGACCAGGCUGGGAAUGUGAUAUACGAAGGUUUACUUAUGAACACGGAUUACCGUACAGUGCUUCAUUCCAAGAAAAUCCAUAACGAAACUCAAGAUCAAUUAAGUGUAUUAAUUCUGGGAAUAGAUUCGGUGUCAAGAAAUGCGGCUUUGCGUAAACUGCCUAAAACAAUGAAGUACGUUCAGGAUGUUUUAGGAGGUCUGUCAUUUAAGGGUUAUACAAAAGUUGGGGAGAAUACGUUUCCAAAUAUGGUGCCUCUGUUGACUGGAAGAAAGGCAGAUCCGCGGGAAUUGUCGCAUGUUGGUCAGCGUUACUUUGAUGACUACCCGCUUAUUUUCCACAACUUUUCCAGGGCGGGUUACGCGACCCUAUAUGCGGAGGACUGGCCAGCAUUCUCCACGUUUAACUACGCAGCCAAAGGAUUCAAUGCGCAGCCGAGUGAUCACUACAUACGCCCAUUGUAUCUCGCUAUGAAAAACCUUCAGCCCGUGACAACGUCGUUAGACCAGGUACUCCUCUACCUCGAGGACAAGGACAUUCAAUUAAAAUAUUCAUCUUUGUGCUUUAGAAACCGACUUAAACAUCACAUGUUUCUCGAAUAUUUCAAAAGAUUUAUUGAUGUUUAUAGAAACAAAGCAAAGUUUGCUUUUACAUGGAUAAACGAAAUAAGUCACGAUUAUGCUAAUUUUCUCGAAAUAGGCGAUCAAGAUUUUGUGGAUUUUUUAACCUGGCUUAAAAAGGACGGUCAUUUAGACAACACUGUUUUGUUGUUGAUGAGUGAUCACGGGAGCAGGUCUGAUACGGUCAGAAAUACAGUAGCAGGACGAAUAGAGGUUCGAAUGCCACUUCUGACGAUAGUACUUCCGGAGCAUUUUAAACAGCAACACCCUGACCUCGCGGAAACGAUGAUUCAGAACACAAAGGUCAUAACAACGCCAUUUGACGUUUACGCAUUAAUGGAUGACAUAGCACAGAAAAGAUUUGACAAUCGGGUGCAGUUAACAACAGAUGGUAAACUUCCAAGAGGAAUAAGUCUUUUUCGAAAAAUACCAAAAGAGCGAACUUGUGCAGACGCAAGUAUCCACGAGUUUUUCUGUGCUUGUUUUACCAGCAUUCCUGUUAAUAGAACUAGCAGACUCGUGCUACAAAUAGCACGUGCCAGCAUCACUAAAAUUAACCUCAUGUUGUCUGUUGUGAAAAACAAAUGUGCUGAGUUGAGUUUGACCAAGAUUGAAGACGCUCAAUUAAUUGAAUCAAAUUUCAAACGUGUUGAAGAAAUGGAGGAAUUCACUCUGAGAAAUGUCUUUUUCAAACCCGUCAAAGACAGAAGAAAGUAUCUGGUAUUAUUCAAAGCUUCACCAAGUGAUGCUUUGUUUGAAGUGACUGCGAGUGUAGAGAACAAUGAGGUAACAAAGCUAGGAGAAAUCAAUAGAACAAAUAGGUACGGUAAACAGUCCCAAUGUAUCGUGGACCCUGUGUUACGGAAUUAUUGCCUCUGUAUUUAAAAGGAUAUUCCAAUCGUGUCUGCCAUCAUUUAAUUGACCGGAAAAGCUGUGGUAUAAAACGUUCAUUAUUCUUCCGUCCGUCCAUCACAUUUCUCUUUAUAAUUGACUCGAGAAGGAUACUUAGAUCCUAACCAGGGUUUAUAGUGUGAAAAUAGGUGUAUCUGGUGCGUUGAUUGUUACAUCAUUCAUUUGUUAUACGCAUGUUCAUAUAGGGCAGCAAUCUCCGUGUUUUUAACAUUUGUAUAUGGAACUUACAGUUGCUAAGUACCUCAGGUGAGAGUAACACGUUUAGUGUAUACUUUUGGUAUGGAAAAGAUCAUUUAUGUACAGGGUUUCUAUAUGACCUCAUAAAAUGUAUGUACAGGGUUUCUGUAUGACGUCAUAAAUUAUAUAGACGUCAUAGUAAGGUAUACCUCGAACGUCUGUGGUCAUGCGAGAGCUAAUGUAUGACUUUACCUGACGAAUAGCAAUGAAGCCAUACGUGUAUGUUACAGUAACAGUAUAUUUUUAUACUACAAACAUAGCGUUUUACUUCGAUCUGGUAUUUUUACAUUAAUAUUUUGUCAUAAGUAUCAUGUAUAAGCAGCACAACGAGAUAUACUGUGUUCUUAAACUAUUUAAUGACAGAUUUUGAAUCCAUUUAAUAUGAAACAUUCCAUAAAUACAGCUUGAUAUGAAUGUUUAACUUAUUCAAAAGAAAAUGUGCAAGUAAUCAUCCAAUCCGCCGUGGUCAAGUGUUGUUAAGUUUUGGACUUUUACAUAAUUAAACAUGGCUAUCCUUGUGUCUGAUUGGCUAAAAACUC